UCUGGGGACAUAAACAGUUGCUUGUUCAGACAAAUGCGCAAUCUGAGUGGCAUCUCCACAUUAAGGCUGACAUUUGCUCCGUUCAAAAGCAGCCAUGGCGAUGAUCCAACAACAGGUGAUGACCAACCAGCCCCGUGUGGUGGUGACCUCGGCUUUCGAGCCGGGGAGGGAGAUGUGGUCAUCCAGCUUGUGCAGCUGCUGUGACGACAUGGAGAUAUGCUGCCUUGGAUUUUGGUGCCCGUGCGUCCUGCCCUGUAAGGUCAGCGCAGACCACGGCGAGGGUCUGUGUCUCCCCCUGCUGGAGUAUUGGAGCGGCAUAGUGCCAGCCGUGGCCCUGGGCCUCCGGAUCUCCGUGAGAGAGCGCUACCGCAUAAAGGGCUCCAUUUGUGACGACUGUUGUAUCGUCACGUUCUGCGGCAUAUGCUCAUACUGUCAGCUGGCACGGGAACUCAAGGAACGCCGGUGCCGUCACACACAGGUCAUCUCCUCCACCACCGUGCAGGUCACCUCGAAUCCUCCGGCAUAUUACCCUGUCCAAGGCUACGGUCCCCCACAAUAAUAGGCAGGACCCAAGGCUUUAUACUUGAUAAUAAGGUGUGCAAUUGUAUUGUACAAAACAUGCAUUCACCAGUACUAAAACUUUUAGUUUUGCAUUACAUUAAAAAAUCUAAAAAUAUUUUCCCCCCCGAAAAAACAGCAACACAUAAGUACUGUGUUGCUGAUGAAACAUUUAUUUUAGGCAAAACUGUUGUGUAGUGUGUGUCUUUGUAUGAGUGUGUUGCUGCAAUCAUAAAAUAAAUAAAAACUAAGUAUAACUGUGUGUGUGUGUGUGUGUGUGUGUGUGUGUGUGUGUGUGUGUGUGUGUGUGCACUCAAAAAAAUGAUUUUUUGCCAUAAUAAACUUUAAGCUUAACAUUUAAAUUAAACCUGUUUAAAGUAAAUACAUCAUAUAUUAUAUUCAUCCAUAUUCAUUAAAUACAACAUAAACCAGUUCAAUAGGAAAUUAAAUCUGAUUUAUUCACAUUAAGUCUAUUUAAUCGUUUCACUGGAAUUCAUUGGAUCCACCUGAAGCACGCGGGCACACCACUCUUUCAUUCCCGAAUAGACCUCGUGCUGAUGAAUGGACCGAGUUUGGUAAGCUUUUUAUCCGUUUAAGUUAACUAGAAACCGAUUAUUUAUUAGAUGUCCACAUGUUUAAUGGGGAACAUUAGAAUAGAAUGUUACUGAAUAUAAGCGUUUCUUUAUUCAUUUAGGCGAGUUAUCUAGCACUGUAACUAGCACUAGCUAACUAUUUAGCUAACUAGCUGGGUAACCUGGCUAGGAAAAUAGUCAUGAAACACCAUACAUAUGCUAUUGCUUUCACAAUGGUAUCGCAAAUCCCUUGGCUUAUGUUGUGCAACGGCUUGUGCCCUUAGCAUUUAGGCAUGGUUUACGUCAGGUGGCUAGCACUACGACAUUGGGUCUGCCAAAGCAUUUAGCUAGCUAUCGUAUUUCGCAUGUCCCCGCGAUUGACUGGCUCCUGGCCGUUAAGGUGCAAUCGAGGGAGUGGUUGCCGACCGUACACGUCCAGCCGUUGAGUAGGGAGUGAGAGCCUGUUGUCGGGAGUGUACUGGUAAUCUAUGAAAACGUGGUUGUUUUGAUAAAACACAGUUCGAAUAUAUGCUAUACUUUGCCAUCUCCAAAUGUAUUAAAACGUCCAAAGAUGCCAUAUUACCACAGUUUUGGACGAGAGUU